AUGGAAAAAAUAAACAAUGUAACUCAGUUCAUUUUCUUGGGACUUUCUCAGAACCCAGAGGUUGAAGAAGUUUGUUUUGUGGUGUUUUCUUUCUUCUACACAGUCAUUAUUUUAGGAAAUCUUCUCAUCAUACUGAUAGUUUCCCAAGGCAACCUCUUCAAGUCUCCUAUGUAUUUCUUUCUCAACUACUUGUCUUUUGUGGAUAUUUGUCACUCUUCAGUCACAGCUCCUAAGAUGAUUGUUGAUCUGUUAGCAAAAAAUAAAACUAUCUCCUAUGUGGGGUGCAUGCUGCAACUCUUUGGGGUACAUUUUUUUGGUUGCACUGAGAGCUUCAUCCUUACUGUAAUGGCCUAUGAUCGUUAUGUGGCUAUCUGUAAGCCCCUACAUUAUAUGACCAUCAUGGACUGGGAGAGAUGCAAUAAAAUGUUACUGGGGACCUGGGUAGGAGGGUUCUUACACUCCAUUAUCCAAGUGGCUCUGGUAGUCCAACUACCCUUUUGUGGACCAAAUGAGAUUGAUCACUACUUUUGUGAUGUCCAUCCUGUCCUGAAACUUGCCUGCACGGACACAUAUAUUGUUGGUGUUGUGGUGACAGCCAACAGUGGUACCAUUGCCCUGGGGAGCUUUGUUAUCUUGCUUAUCUCCUAUACCAUUAUUCUGGUUUCUCUGAGAAAGCAGUCUGCAGAAGGUAGGAGAAAAGCUCUCUACACCUGUUGCUCCCACAUUGCUGUGGUCAUCAUGUUUUUUGGUCCUUGUACUUUUAUGUACAUGCGACCUGACACUACCUUUUCAGAAGAUAAGAUGGUGGCUAUAUUUUACACCAUCAUUACUCCUAUGUUAAAUCCUCUGAUUUAUACCUUGAGAAAUGCAGAAGUAAAGAAAGCAAUGAAGAGACUGUGGUUCAGAAAGGUUUUCUUGGAGGCAAAUGGGAAAUAG